AUGCUUUCCCCACGUGAAGUAGAAGAAGACGACUACAAUUCUUCAUCCGAUGAGGAUUACGACCCAACAAAAGACACUGAGCUUAACCCUCAAGAUGAAGUAAGAUUUCCAAGAUACCGAGUUUUUAUUGCACACUCUCCUGAACAGAUCGAUGACGCCGAAGAAGGAGAUCUGGAAGCAGAAGACGACGUUGAGCAAUUGAAAAAGGAAUCCAACACCGAGAAGUCAACUGAUAAAUCUGCAGCCGCUCCUCCUGAUAACAAAGUGGACGUCGACGCGAUUUUUGCUGCUCUCACUGGUCAAGCACCUCCAUCUUCAAGUUCUAGUUCAGAGCCAAGCAGCUCACAAGGGGAAGCGAAAGUUUAUCCAAAAGUUGCUCAAAGUUCUUCUUCAACUUCAGCUGAAUCACCAAAGGUUUACCCAAAAAAGCCACAAGCUUCAGAAAAAACUUCUCAACCAGAAAACGUGACUGUCGGUAAAAAAAGGGUUGGUUUGUUAGACGCCGCUAAAGCUCUGUCAAAACGGUCCAAAAUGUCAGUAUUGGAGAGAUCUGACCAAGAUUGGAAAGCAUUCACUGCACAGAACAAUUUAAAGGAAGACCUGGAGUCGCAUAAUCGUGGAAAGGGCGGCUAUUUGAACAAAAUGGAAUUUUUGGAUCGAGCCGACAACCGCCAGUUCGAGAAGGAGCGUGCGUUCCGAGCAUCAGCCAGGAAGGAUACCAAUCAUUGA